AACUUUAGAUGCUUAUGACUAUAAUGCUAUACCAUGGUCGCGAUAACACAAAACAAUUGUAUCACUAAUAUCUUAAUGAUUAAUCAAUUAUCGAUCUAUUUUAUGAAAAUGCUACAAAACAUUUAAAAAUAUUUAUAAAAAUAUAGGUACUGUAAUAUACAAAUAUUGGCAAAAAAUCGGGAGGGGGCAUGGCCACUCCUGCCCCCUCCUGUGGGCACCCUUGUUUUCAGGUAUCAAAAAAAAAAAAAGUAAAUAAGUAUCUGGACAAUACAAAUUAAUUCUGUACCUUCUAACUAUUGUUUUAAUUUAUAGGAAACUUUGCAAAAUACAACCGAUCAGUGAAAAGAAAUGGAGUCCAAUAAUGACUACAGUUACAACUUUAAAUCCAUUUUAGCCCAAGAUUAUCAUACGACUUGUAUGAGGUUUAUCCAACAAUAUCAUACAUUCGUAUUAUUAAUUUCAACAUUUAUCUAGCUUGGCAAUGGCUGGACCAUGUUUCAUAAUGACCGGAAUCGGCAUAGAACUCGUAUGUUCGACAAUAAUUGUUGGAGCGUUAGCGAGCGAUAAGAGCAAAGACGUACUUCCCCCUUUGACGGACGAACCAGCGUCUUGGCUCGGUAGUUUUCUGUUCUUGUUCACACCCCUGGGCAGUGCACUAUCAUCGUUAAUGCUGAACCGCUUUGGUCACAAAACCUGUAUGAUAUUAACCAACAUACCAUUCAUAGCAUCACAGAUCAUGUUCUUUUACGCUAACAGCGUCAGGACAUUGUAUGUGUGCUCUAUGCUGAUGGGGAUUAGUGUCGGAUACUCAGGAGGCCCGACUUCCGCCUACCUCGGCGAGGUGUGUGAGCCCAAGCUGAGGGGCACGCUGAUGUCAAUGACAAACGUGUUCUGCUACGUUGGCUCGUUCCUGUUUACGUUGAUAAACGCGUUCAUAUUGGACUGGAGGCUGACCGUGCUCAUCGGCAUGUCGAUUCCGAUCGUGAACAUCGUCAUACUGUUUAUGACACCGCAAUCUCCAAUGUGGUUGUUGACCAAAGGCAAACCAUUAAAGGCUCAGCGAAGUCUUGCCAAAUUGAGGGGAUGGCCGUCACAAGAAACGGGUUCAAGCAAAGAAUUCAAAGAAAUGAUAGCUUAUACGUCUACUGUGGUACACGAUAAUGACGACAUCGAGACAGAUGUGAAAGGCACAACGAGUUCUUGGGGACAACUUCUUCGGCCUGAAGUGUACAGACCGUUCCGUCUGUUAAUGGUAUACUUUUUUUUCGCGAAUUUAAUGUCUGGAGUAUAGUACGGGCCGUAUCUAUUGCAAAUUUUUAC